CGGCCCCAGCCCCGACACCCUGGUCGGUGCUACCGGAGGCUCCGCUCUGCGGCUCGGGCACCGCCGCGAUGCUGCCGCUCGGGCUCCUGCUGCUGCUCGUCUGCUGCGGUGCUGCACGGGGAAACCUCUCCCGAGACGAGAGCCAGCCCACGACGUCGGAUGAGACUGUGGUGACCGGUGGUACCGUGGUCCUCAAGUGCCAAGUGGAGGAUCCCGAUGACUCCUCACUGCAAUGGUCCAAUCCUGCCCAGCAGACCCUCUACUUUGGGGAGAAAAGAGCCCUGCGGGAUAACAGGAUCCAGCUGGAGAAAUCCACCCCCAACGAGCUGACCAUCAGCAUCAGUGAUGUGGUGCUGUCGGAUGAGGGGGAAUACACCUGCUCCCUCUUCACCAUGCCCGUGCGGACUGCCAAGGCCCUGGUCACCGUGCUGGGGGUGCCCCAGAAGCCGCAGAUCUUCGGGCACGAGCAGCCCAUCGAUGAGGAGAAGCUGGCGCGUUUGACCUGCCGCUCGUCGGGCAGCAAACCCGCGGCACAGCUCCGCUGGAGGAAGGGCAACAAGGAGCUCAAAGAUGAGGGCACGGAGGUGGUGGAGGAUCCCAAUGGGAAGACGUUCACCGUGAGCAGCCGUGUGGAAUUCCGGGUGACCAAGGAGGACAAUGAGGCCGAGGUGACCUGCACCGUGGACCACGAGUCACUGCAGAACGCAGAGAGGUCAACCACACAGAAGCUGCAGGUUCACUACAAGCCGACAGCGAAGAUCGAGCCCCAUCCACAGUACCCACGGGAGGGAGAGAAGCUGCAGCUGCAGUGCGAUGGGCAGGGCAACCCCAUCCCCCAGGAGUUCCUAUGGGAGAAGGAGGGCAGUGAUGCUCCCCUGCAGCUCAGCUCCGACAGUGUCCUCAUCUUCCCCUUCCUCAACAAGAGCGACAGUGGCACCUACGUGUGCACGGCCACCAGCUCCAUGGGCAGCGUCGUGGCCAAGUACAACCUGGACGUCAGCGAUCUUCCCCAGCUCCCCACCCCACACGUUCACUCCACUCCGGGCCCUUCCCAGCCCAUCUCUCAUGCUUCCAUGGCCACCGCUUCAUCCUUCACUCCAGCUCCCAUCCAAGAUGCCAGCCCCGUGCCCUCCACCUCCAGCACAUACCACGCGGUGAUCGGCGGCGUCGUGGCCGUCAUCGUCUUCCUCCUGCUCAGCCUCCUCAUCGUCCUGGGCCAUUACCUGAUCAGACACAAAGGUAUGUGCAUAAGACACGGGGAGACGGUCACAUCCAGACAGCGGCCAAAGGCAGCAGAGGUGAUGUGCACGUACCUGACCCACGAGGCCAAGGGCUCGGAUGAUGCUCCGGAUGCCGACACCGCCAUCAUCAACGCGGAGGGUGGGCAGGCAGGAGGUGAUGACAAGAAGGAAUACUUCAUCUAGGGCUGAGCCGGGACCAGAGCGAGCCAUGGAGCCACCGAUGGCGCCGGAAACCAGAGCACGACCCUAACCCAUUGCACCCCCUGCGCCUCAGCCCCGGGCUGAGGGAUGCGGGACAGGGAGCGCCGGAGCCGCUGAUGCUUGAACUCUUCCAUCCCUUGGUUUCCAGGAGCGGCGGCCCCGGCCCCGCUUUGCUUUGCGCCUCCAUCCCCGUGAGUGAGCGAAUUCCCCUCCUUCCUUCGGACCUUUGCUUUGGUUUCGUGGCUGCUCUUUUGCUUUGGGCCCUCGGGUGGGAGCCUGGGCUGGGGUCGGUGUCGCUCUUCCCUUCGUUUCGUUCCAGUUUGGUUUUCUUUGAGGUAUCCCAAGGAUAAAACCAGCUCCGGGCUCAGGGCAAGCCCCCGUUGGCACCAGCGCUCGCCGGGAUCCCGGCGUUCCCUCCCGGAUGCGGUGGCUGUGGGAUGGGAAUUGGGGCAUCACCCAGGCCCCUGCCCUGAUUUUAUCCUUGGUGGUUCUUGUCCAACAGUGUCCAUAUGGGAGGAAGCUGUCCUCGUGUGGAACGUGUGUGAAGGGGGAUGAGCUUCCAGGGUGGGAUCCGCUGAGCCCCCGGAGAGACUGGGAGCUGCUGGGAUUGCAGCUCCCCGGUCCCACCCCAGCGGGAGGGGGGAGGGAGGAGCUUUUGGGGCGAAUCCAGAGGAAAAAGGGCCUCAACUUUAUACAACUUCCAUUCGGAACCAUCUAUUCCAAGGUCAAUUCACAACCAUCUAUUGAGACGUUCAGUGCAGGAGGCAGUGCUGGACCCGCAGGAGCUGAGCUGGAGCUGACCAAGGGCAAGGAGAAGGGGCUCCGAUCCUGGAGCAUCCCAUUCCCACCCUGUCCCCCUUUUCCCUUGGAAAAGGCUGUUUCCCUCCUGGCUCCAAAUGUAACACCCGGUUUAGUGUCCUAAGGGGUCUCCAAGGAGGCUGGGGGUGGUUUCCAACCUCCUCCUUCCUCUUCACUGCCUCUUCCAAGGCAAAUCCAAGCAGCUUUCCUGGCCUUCCUCUUGAUCCCAUCGUGGGCUCAUGUGCUCCAUCAUCCGAGGAGCCAGGUCUUGGUGCUCUCCCUUGGGAUGAGGAUCUCCAGCUUCCCGGGAUCGCAGCAUCUCUUGGUCUUGGACACAGGGGGACCUGCCCCUUGGUUGGAUUUCGGGUGGGCUGGAGGAGGAAAAUCCUUUGGGAACCCUUGGAAGGCGGUGACCUCACCUGGGAGGUAGAGGAAGAGCUCCCAUGCUCUGCCAUGGGGCAGGGGUCUCCAUGGGUACCAGGUCUCCAUGGGGAGCAUCGCUCCCAUCCAGACCCCACGAGCACGUGGCAGGAGGAGCAUUCCCAUAGGGAAGCCACCAUGGAAGGAGCAGGGUUGGAAGAGGAGGCAGAGUGGCUCAAGGGGGUGAAGGAGUUGAUGGUGUUUGCAGCCUGUGUGUGGGGAUCACUGUGCACAGAUGAACGUGUGGCCUGGUCCUUGGCUGAAGAUCCCAACAUCCGCUAUGGAAUAGACGUCAUUCCUUCAGAUCCAAACACAUGGAUGUCAUUCCAGGGGAGUUCAGACUCAAGUCUACGUCUUGUAGAUGAUGUGAAGAAAGCCCCAACCUGGGGCUCUGGGUGGGAAGGGGGUAACUGCUCCUAAGGGCAGGAAGGUGGGAGCUGAGGACAGGGAGGUUCGUGCCCCUUUGAGGCUGCGGCUGCUGUUCCAGGGCUCAAUCCAGUCGGGAUUUGGUCUCUUGCGGUCCAGGAUGGAGCCAGCACAGGCAGGACCCACCAGCAAUGGAUGGGCCAAGUGAUGCCCAUUGUCCUGCUGUAGCAAGAGCUUUGGAGGAUGGAAGAGAGCAGCAGGAGGGGUGAUGGAGCCCUGCGGUGCGUGUGAGGGUGAUGGGCACAUCAGGUCACCCAUGCAGGGACACAGCCAUGGGGACACAUGGGGCUGCGAGGUGAUGGAGAACCCACUUUGUGAGUGGUUGAAUGGAUCAUGGCGAGGGUGAGGUGUGGUGGUGAGCACACCAUGUCACCAUAGGAGGUAUGUCACCAAUAGGGUACAAGGUGUGAGCACAUGGGGGUGAUGGGGACCCCCUGUGCUGCUCCGGUUGUAGGUGGGACUGGUCCAUCUUGUCCUAAGCCCAAGAGGUGAUGUUGGCCAAGGAGGGGGUGAGGUCCUCAAUGGGGGUGACAGCACCAGUGUCACCGUGAGGAGGGGACCCCCUCCCUGCCAUUGCCACCGGGGCCACCUCGGUGCCCGCACACGUUGGCUUCCAGCCCCACGGCCACCCUGUGCCCAUCACCAGGCCAUGGGAGCCAGGGCUGCAGUGGACGGAGGGAGGAUGUGGCAUCUCCAGCUCGGCUCCGGCCGCUUCCCACCGGCACUGAACUCUCAAUAGACACGAAAGCCAUAUUUGUAGGGAGCUCUGGAGACGCUGUGGGGCGGCAGCGGGACGGGGCAGAGGACGGGCUGUGUCGUUGUGCUGUGUUCGACGUGUAUGUACAUAAGGGGAGCUGAGGGACGUCGAUGUGAUUUAUAACCUUUUAAUAUCCUGUGCUAAUCUCGGGAAAUAAUCCUAUAAAUAUAUCUGGAUUACACACACGGA